AUGCAUAUUCCAGAACUAAGAUUAGGUGAUCAAAACGAAAAAGAACUAAUAACGGCGAAAACGGAAACCACAACGGAUAAAAAAAUAUCAGAAAAAAAAACUCAGCAUCCAGUUGCACAUUCGUUUUACGCUCAAAAGAGAGUAAAUCCCUUUGCAGUCAAUGAUGGCCAAUUACAACGUCAAGACAUGAACAACAGAUUAUCCAAGAAAAUGAAAGUUUCACCAACUCCUCCUGAAGUUAUUUGUUUGAGUGAUGAUGAUGAUGAUGAAAUUGUUACUGAUUCACCCGCGGUGAAAAGUUCAACAACCGUCAAAUUAUCAGACUUUAAUCAAUCAUCAUUGUUGAACGGAAAAGAUGAUCUAUCAAAUUGGCCAACGAUUCAGUCAAAAGAUAUCGUACAAAUACCCGAAUUACCGUCAAGCUGGAUGAACGUUAUACAAAAACCGAUGACAAUUAAAUGUACAACUGUAAGAUUUGGUAUAGUCGAAUUUCAAGUCGAAAAAGAAUCGGUUUUUUUAAAAGAAUCAGAAAUCGAAAUGAAAUUAAAAGGACUUUCAAAAGGACGUUCACUCGAAAAUUUAAAUAUUAAAUUAGCCUAUUCAGAUGUUGUACAGUUUAUUUAUUCGUAUCAGUCACGUCCACCUGUUGCAUUGAUACAAGUUCGAAAAGAAUUUGCCGAAUUAUUUGAACAAUAUAUACCAUCAGCCGAUGAGAAAGGUUUAGCAUUUGAUCCAACGUCAAAAGGUAAAAAAAUACUUUGUUUAAAUAUACACAAACAUCUAUUUUCUAUUCCAGAUGAAAGAAGACGUCGUAUUCUUCUGCAAUUAAAACCAGUGUCGCCUGAUGUUGAAAAGAAUAAUAUACCAGUUAUCUAUCAUUACUUAAAAUUACGAUCACCAAGAAUGGGUAUUGCUUACAUCGUCGGAUUGAGAAGUCAAGAACUUUAUAAUUUAUCUCGUUUUGGAACUCCAUCUUCCUCCUCUGGAACGCAAGCGCCAACUAUGAGUCCAUCAGAUUUAAUACAAAAAACAGUUUGUUUAAAUCAUGGACAAAUACGUUUCGAUUUAACGCGCGAUGAUUUAAUGUGUUUAAACGAAGCAGAAUUUUUAAAUGAUACAAUUAUUGAUUUUUAUUUACAAUAUAUCUACUAUGAAUUAUUAUCUGAUGACGAUCGAAAAAGAACGUAUUUGUUUAAUUCAUUUUUUUAUACACGUUUAACAAAAAAAGGCAAUGAUGACGAUUCUACUGUGCCAGCAUCUGUUCGACGUUACAAUCGUGUUAAACGUUGGUUACGUGAUGUUGAUAUAUUUGAAAAAGAUUUUUUGAUUAUUCCUAUCAAUCAACAUGCUCAUUGGUAUUUAGCAAUUAUUUGUUUUCAUAAUAGUGUUGAAACAGAUGCUGACUUAUUAACCAGUGAUGAUACUUCAUCAACAUCAUCAACACCACAAGAUACAACAUCAAAAUCAAACACGUCUAUUUCAAUUUCAAAUCAUACUGUUCAACAAACAUCUACACGACUGGAUUCUACAAAGAAGAAAAGUGGUGAAGACGUUUGUGAUCAUCUUCCACUAUCGUCAAAUGAACGUGUAGUUGCCGGAUGUAUUAGUAUCGAUGCCAGUGAUGAUGCUGAUGAAGCACAAGCUGAUGUUACAUUAUCUGAAGAUGAAAAUUUAAUGACAACAAAUAAUAAUAAUUGUACUGAUGAUUCUAAUUCCAUCAUAACAACAUCAAAAUCGGUAAAAUGUCCAUGUAUUAUCAUAUUUGAUUCAUUAAAAGUUGGAUCAAAAGCACGUGUUGUUGCAACAUUACGUGAAUUUCUUGUAUUGGAAUAUGAACAUAAAAAAUUACCAUUAUUAACGUCAUUAACACAAAAGAAACGUUAUAAUUGUGAAACAAUUAAAGGUAUAAUAUCACGUGUACCACAACAGCCAAAUUUUUAUGAUUGUGGUUUAUACGUUUUACAAUAUGCUGAAUGUUUUUUUAAAUAUCCAUUGAUAAAUUUUAAAUCAGCUGAUGUACCAACAGAUUGGUAUGAUAAAGAAAUUAUGAAUUCAAAACGAAAACAAAUUUUAAAUGUGAUCAAUCAACAUAUACUUACUGUUAAAGAAGAAAAUACGCCAAAUGGAACAUUAUCAACAACAAAAACAUCACAAAUAUCAAAUAAUUAUCGAAAUCAACGUGGUUCCAAUAUGGCUAAUAAUAAAAACGAUACAACAUUUGAAAUGCUUGUUACUUAUUUAGAAAAACGUUAUCCAACCUAUUCAAAAGAUGCUAUAACAUGUGCAUUAUUAAAGUAUCGUCAACAACAAUCAACUCUGACUGGUAUACCACUUGCACGUAUUGAACAAGAGGUGCUAGCUAUUGUAGCAAAAGAUAAUGAUGCGCCUAUCAUUUCUGAGAACAAACAGGAAGAAAAUCAUGCAAAAAGUGAACCAGAACAAUUGUUAUUACCAUCUCAAUAUUUUGGUGUUCACUAUGAAAAUAGUGAUGUCAACAACGUACAAGAACAAAAGCCAACAGUGGCUAGUAUACUAUGGGAAACAUUCAACCGCCAUCGGCGAAUUUGUCAUGGCUUCCGCCAUCGUCGUCAAAUUGCGAAUGAUCGAUUGGUAAAUCCGAAUUUUAAACCAGGAACUGGUUCAGCUUUCCAGGGACUGAAUAAUAAUAAAAAUGCAGUUGACCAGCAGGCACCACCAUCUGAUUACGUUGGCAAUAUCAAUUAUGAUAAUCAACAACAACAACAUUUUGGUAGUAAUCAGAGAUUAAUGAAUAAUCAACAGCAGUUUCCAAUGCACAAUAAUCAACAACCUUCUCUGAACAAUCCCCCACAAAAUUUCGCACCUGUUCAACAACAAAUGCCAAGAGAUGGUAAUCUUCAACAGUCUUCGCUACAACGAAUUAAUCAGCAACAACCUUACCAAAACUAUCCUCAGCAGCAACUGAUGAAUAAUCAAGGUCAGCAACAAUUUUCUGCUCAAUUUCCUAGUUCAGCGCAACAACGAUUAAGUAAUCAACAAGAAUUACCAAAUACUAACCAACAACAGGCUUUAAAAGCAAUAAACAAUCAGCAGCCAGUACCGGCCUAUAAUCCAAAUAUUCAAAAUUUCCCUCAAAAUCCUAUGAAUAAUCAGCAAUCGCAACAACUCAACCAAAACUAUCCAAGUGAUUUACCAAAAAAUUAUCAACAACAACCUCCACCUAUUUAUACUGAUCCACAAAAUUUUCCUAGACAACAACAACAACUUUCUCAAAGCGAACAAUUAAAUCCAGGCCUUCGAUCUUCGAACAACAACAACAAGGGAGGUAAUGUAUUUCCAAAAAGUAAUGGAAUCUAUCGAUCGGGUAGUGUACAGCCAUCACCAUUUGCUACAAGUGGAUGGUUUAGCAAUAAUAACAACGAAUGGUUUUCAAAGAAUGGAUACUACGUUGGCGAUAGUCAAAGUCCAAUGAGUUUAACUGACAAAGUAAAAAAUGUUGUUUCAACUGGUCAAUUAGUACUGUCGAAAAUAGCCAAAAUUUUUCUUAGCAAAGGAGAAAAAUCUUAUCCAAAAUAUGAGCCUGGGAAAGAAGGGAGAACGGUUUGUUCUAAUUCAGAAAAUUUUAAUGGUUUUACUUUUGGACAUUUUCCUUGUCCAUUACCGGACACCGAUCCAAAUGUUAUAUUUUGCUGUGGUCCAAAAAACCGUCAAUAUUGCUGUAAUGCACAGGAAUACAAUGCUGAACAACGAUACGGACAAUAUGGUUUUGAUGGACGUUUAACAAAAUCGGCUAAGAUAAACAAAUCAAAAACAGUUGUUUUGGCUACCGUGUUACCAAUACUAGGUGCAUUACUGAUUAUUGGAAUUGGAACCAUUGGUAUUAUGAAAUAUUUGAGAUGGAGACGUGUUAAAACAUAUCAAUACAACUCUUAUACAAGUUCUCCAUCGUCACGUAAAUCGGAUCAAAUUCGUUCAGUAAAUGAAAGAAAUUUAUUUGCCGAGUAUGAACGACAGCCAGAUGGCAGUUCAACAUUAAGAUCUAAUGGAAUCUGA